AUGAUUCGCCCGUCAAUACGUACCAGCGUAAGAGGCAUCCUGCCCUCAAUUCGGCGACGAUACGCCACUCACCCACCGAAAGCCCGGCUGAACCUCCCCACGGACUAUGGCACCACUCCACUCCUCCACCACACCUCCAAGGCCGCUCUCGCCCAUCCGGAACUGCCUGCUGAAGCUCGAAACGGUACCGCAGAGCGACUCAACCUCUUCCAAGCCAUCAACUCCGCCCUGGCUCAUGCCCUGCGAUCCGACCAACGCGUCCUGCUCUUCGGCGAGGACGUCGCCUUCGGCGGCGUCUUUCGCUGCUCCAUGAAUCUGGCCUCGGAAUUCGGCGAGGCACGCGUCUUCAACACACCCCUCAGCGAGCAAGGCAUCGUCGGCUUCGCCAUCGGAUCCGCGCUCGAAGGCAUGAAACCCAUCGCCGAGAUCCAAUUCGCGGAUUACGUAUUUCCGGCGUUUGAUCAGAUUGUCAACGAGGGCGCGAAGCGGCGGUACAUGUCUGGCACGAAUGCCGACGAGCAGAACUGUGGGGGCAUGGUGAUCCGGAUGCCGUGUGGUGGAGUAGGCCACGGCGCACUGUACCAUUCUCAGAGUCCGGAAUCGCUCUUCACACACGUGCCGGGCUUGCGGGUAGUGGUUCCGCGAUCGCCGUCACAGGCAAAGGGCUUGCUCUUGGAAGCCGUCGCGUCUCCGGAUCCGGUGAUCUUCAUGGAGCCCAAGAUCUUGUAUCGAGCGGCGGUGGAGCACGUCCCCGCGGAGCCCUACACGCUGCCCCUGAGCAAGGCGGAGGUCUUGAAAGAAGGCACGGACGUCACCAUCGUCUCGUACGGCACCCCGCUCUAUACCUGCCAGAACGCCCUCGCGGCCGCGGAGAAGGAUCUCAAAUGUUCCGUGGAACUGAUCGACCUGCGCACCGUCUAUCCCUGGGACCGACCGGCCAUCAUGCAAUCCGUCAACAAGACGGGGCGAUGUCUCGUCGUGCACGAGAGCAUGGUCAACGCGGGCGUGGGAGCCGAAGUCGCCGCUACGAUCCAGGAAGGCUGCUUCCUCCGAUUGGAAGCACCCGUCCAGCGCGUGGCGGGCUGGUCGACCCAUCCGGGGCUUGCGUACGAGAAGUUCCAGAUUCCCGACGUUGCUCGCGUAUACGAUGCUAUCAAGACGGUGCUGGAGUACUGA